AUGGAGCAAGAACGUCCACGCGCAUCAUCUUCGCGGAGUCACGACGACCCUGCGCUGCUUGCCUCGCAUGCGAUUCCUCACUCGGCGUCGGAGCCUGCGCGCCCCUCUUCCAUCUCGAGCGGCAUCAACGGUGCAGACUCCGUCCAUUCUCCGCCAGCCAUCCCCGAAGCGGACGCGCAAGCCUUCUCCUCCCUGAAGCCGACCGGUUCAUCAGAAACCCCCGCGUACACCGCAGCAGCCGCAGCCCGAGGCCGCAGCACAGACGACACGGGCGCCUUCUCCGACUUUGACCCCAACCGACGCCCUUCCAUCCCAUCCCCCGCGACAGUGAUCAAGAGCCUCCCUGAGGUAGCAGGUGCCCCCGCCCGCACGGUGGAAGCGAUCAAGUCCAAGCUCAAGUCCCCGAGCACGGGCCGGAAGAGCAAGAGCGAGAUCUCUGAUUCCAUCGGUCAGCUCGAGCGGGAUUUGCGACACAAUGGAGAUGCGCCAGGGAAUCUGGACGCGAAAAGGGGGUCGAGCGAUGGCAGGUCAGGGUCGUUCAGCUCGUUGUUCGGGAGGAAGAAGAAAGGCGGUGCGGCGUCGAAGCUGAUGCAGCGCGGACCGGCUCCGGAGCCGCAUAUCGAGGAAGAGCAGCAAGACACAGGUCGCAGGUCCGAAGAGGAGGAGGAAGACGAUGAGACUGUUCAGCAGCGGAUUCGGGAGCAGCAGAAGAGGCUCGAGGACCUGGACGAGGCGCAGACGGAGGGGCUGUUGCGAACGCAACAGGAAGCAGGAAUCGAGCCGAUCAAGUCGCCCGAGACGCACACCAAGCCGUCUCGGCUCGUGGGGUUGCCGCUGUUCGGCUCGGGUCACGGCAAGGAUGGGCACAAGGACGGAGAAGCGUCGUCGAGGAGGAGCAGCUUCCACCGGAGCCAAGGUGAUGCAGAGACGGACGAGGGUCGCGGCCGCAGUGAAGGCGUACGUCGGACCAAAUCGGAGAAGCACUCCUCCGGCAAAGCCUCCGAUCGCAAUGCUGCUCGUUCCGCCUCAGCCUCCCGUACCGGCAGCGGUCGUAGCAAGAGUCGACCUCGCAACACCGGUGCCCUCUCCCCGCCCCGCCGCAACUCGACCACCAACUGGACCUCGAAACUGCGCACCAAGAUCCCCAUCAAAGAGUUUCCUCUCCAAGGCGCCGGAAGGGAAUCGGAGUUCAACCAGGAAUGCCCCCUCUGGGCUCGUCAGCCGUACAAGUACAUGUACUUUUCGUACUUUGGGCUCAGCGUGGGGUGUUACCAUCUGCCGCGGUGGGCGGUGUCGUCCAUCUUGCCCUCGCAUCGUGGGCGGCCCGAUUGGAGUUGGAAGAAGGCCACUAUGGUAAAGCUCUUCCGGCACGGGACGAAGCUCACUUUUCGCACAAGAACAAGUCUGGGGAGGGACUUGCAGAAGGAGGUGCCGCAUAGCAAGACGGUGCGGUGCAAGUUUACGUGGGUCCCGCCUGUGGGGGAUGGAGAUGUGAGGGGGGAACUCAGGAGGGCGAUGAUCAUGCAGAAGGUGCAUCCGCAGAGGACGUGCGGGUUCUGGUACGGAGAUGUAGCGGAGCUAGCGAAACAAAAGGCAAGGAAGCAGCAGCAACGCGGGCGCAUGUUGCGAGCGCUCAGCAAUACCAGCCGCGACGAAGCAGCGCGACAGGCCUCGGUCACCUCAACGAGGCAAGGCACCCCGGCAAACGAAGACGGUCUUGCUCUGCAAGAGUCGGAGGCAACGCUGACCUCGCAGAUCAGCGACGCUUCCUCCCGCGCCGAGGCCAAUGGUGGCGUGGGCCGACCCGCGCAACCUGGCGAGAAGGUGCUCUACCAUCUCCAUGGUGGAGCCUACUGGAUUGGCACUGCGCACGAAAAGGAUGUCACCGCCGCCGUCAACACAGAAAGCCUGCGAUACAUGGCCGAGAUCUACAAGGCGAAGGAGAAAGCCUCGGGUCCUACGACCGAAUUCUCUGGCAAGCUGCUCCGCUCCUUCAGCCUCGACUACCGGCUGUGUGUUCCUGGUCGACCGCGCGCCGGCUCGUACCCCGCGGCGCUGCUCGAUGCGCUCAGCGGCUACCUCUACCUCGUGCGCGAUCUUGGCUUUGAUCCGGAGAACAUCAUCGUCGCGGGCGACAGCGCGGGUGGCAACCUCGGCCUCGCGCUCUGCCGAUACCUGCGCGACGAAGGCAAAGACAUCGCCCCCCAACCAGGCGCCCUGCUGCUCAUGUCGCCAUGGGUCGACGUCUCGCGCUCGCACUCCGGUCCUACAGGCGCCCCUAACCUCGAUUCAACGGUCUAUCUCAACCGCGACUCGGACAUCAUCAGCUCGCUGAUCGAUUUCCGCAACACGGCCGUGUCGGCGUUCCUUGGCGACCUGCCGGCGCGGGAGACAUACCGCAACCCGUACAUCUCGCCCGUCUCGCUGCAAUUGCCGCUGGAACGAGGUGGCAAGGCGCCGCAUUACGGCUUCCACGGGUUCCCCAAGAAGAUCUACAUCACCACGGGAUCAGCUGAAAUCUCGUACGAUCAGCAUCUGACGCUUGCACAUCGUCUGGCGUCGGGCACGCGGAAGGGUCGACCGGUGUAUGCGGGCGAUCGGCUGUCGGCGGGAUGCAAUGCGCGCGAGAUGGCGGAACGACGCGAUCGACCUCGACCGCGGAAUUUGUUGGAUGCGGAACAGGAUUCGGUGGCUGUCACUCCGGCUGGCGAGAUACCGGGCAUGGACCUGACACCAGCCAAGCCGGCCGAAAAGCCUCAGCAGUACGCAACGCAGGUGGUCGACGGCGAACCUCGAACCAGACCCGAGUAUACUUCGCACGACACCACCCUGCUAGGCGAGCGCGAGAGCUCGAGCUCGGACAACCGCCAUCACCGCAUGCACGCCUCGCCCCCACCCGAACCCCAGGAGAGGGAGGACAGAGAGGUGGUGCUGGACGAAGUCAAGGACGCCGUACACGACUAUCUGCUCUUCAAAUGGUUCGAACCGGAACGCUCGUCGACGUGGAGGCGGAUCGCGCAGUGGAUCGACGAGGUUUGA